UGUAGAAAAUCGAAAAGGAUGCUCUGCAGCUUCUCUUCAGAUUCGUUUCGAUAUCAUUGUUUUCCCGGCUGAUACUUCCGUUUUUUUUCUGUAUUUUUUUACCUCCCCAACCUUUUCUUUUAGUUUUGUUACAAUGUCCGGCGAGACGGUAUCGUCUUCCGGAAUCAGCUUGGAAGGGAUUGAUGAUGUGGAAGAUUACGUUUGGGCCAACGAAGGAGUGGGAUUAUGGGACCAAUAUCGUCAUGUUUAUGAUAAUGUGGAGAAUGGAAACCAAGCAUUUCGACAGAAUCAUUUUGAGGAGGCAAUCAGCAAUUACACAAGGGCCAAUAACAUGAAACCUGGUGAUCCCAUUAUUCUUGGUAACAGAAGUGCUGCCUACAUGAGGAUUAGUCAAUUUCUGAAAGAUAGAUCUCCAACUGCUUCUGAAUAUAGACCAUUGAGUGGGCUGGAUAUAACAACACUUGCUGAACUUGCUCUUAAGGAUGCUGAGAAGCUAAUGAGUUUGCAGAACAAUGCAGUGAGGUCCUACAUCUUAAAGGCCAAUGCUCUCAUUUUGUUAGAAAGAUAUGAUAUAGCACGGGAUAUUAUUCUUUCUGGCCUUCAAAUUGAUCCUUUCAGUAACAUUCUCCAGGCUUCUCUUCGGAGCUUGGAGAGAAAGCCAUCCAGUUUCAUGCGGACUAAAGACCAUGACGGGCCAGAACGUACUGAUGACUUUGAUUGCACACUUUGUCUGAAGUUACUAUAUGAGCCAAUAACAACACCAUGCGGGCAUUCUUUCUGUCAUUCAUGUUUGUUUCAGACAAUGGAUCGUAGCAACAAAUGUCCAUUGUGCCGAACAGUGCUCUUCAUCAGUCCUAGAACAUGUGCCAUCAGUGUAACGCUAAACAACAUCAUACAAAGGAUCUUUCCUCAAGAAUAUGCUGAAAGAAGGUCAGAACAGGACAGUCUGAUAAAUUUUGGUAAUGAUCUGAUACCACUUUUCGUCAUGGAUGUUGUCAUCCCUUGUCAGAAGUUUCCGCUCCACAUAUUUGAACCACGCUACAGACUUAUGGUCAGGAGAAUAAUGGAAGGGAAUCACAGGAUGGGAAUGGCCAUCCGUGAUCCUGAUACAGAUUCAAUUGCUGAUUUUGCUUGUGAAGUGGAGAUCACAGAGUGUGAACCUCUUCCUGAUGGACGCUUUGUUCUGGAGAUUGAAAGUCGCCGGAGAUUUCAUAUUCUCAGAUCUUGGGAUCAAGAUGGAUACCUAAUGGCGGAGGUUGAGUGGGUACAAGACAUACCACCAAGAGAUGCGAUAGAUACAGAAGAUUUGCAGGAGCUGACAAAUAAUGCAGCAGCACAUGCUCGGUCAUGGUUAAGUACAACAAAAGCAGCAACACGAGAUAGAAGAAAGCUUGAGGCCCUCUAUAAUGUCGAAGCAAUGAUGCCAAAUCCACAUGAUCCCGAGCGCUUUAGUUUCUGGCUUGCUACUCUGUCGAAUCGGAGGCCUGCGGAGAGAUUGGAACUCCUGCGAAUCAGAGACACAUCAGAGAGGAUAAGACGGGGACUAAUAUACCUCGGAGCAGAAGCACCCGGUUGUAGUGUACAAUAAAUGAGGUGUAUAAUUUUCAUAUUU